AUGACAGCCGCAAGAUCUUCGGUAGAUCGAGCAAAGCUCCGUCCACCUCCUCUGCAGACCAACUACCUACACCAAAGUCCUAACGAGGAUUCGCCCACAUCGCCCAGGCCUCAGUCUCCAUAUGAUCAGGGUCGAUACUCAGAGGCCCGAGGACGUCCGGCAACGAAAGGCGGCCAUCAACCAUUUGUACUUACAGAUCCGGUCGCUUUCAAGUAUCUCGAAGAAGAUGCUUCAACACAUGUUCUGGAAAGGAGACGAGAGCUGCGGGGUUAUGAAUGCUACAUUGUGGAACAAUGGACCACUUCCCGUAUGCACCCAACAUUCAUGAUCACAAACUAUACUGGAGACGAGAAGGACGUCGUUUUGGUUGAUGUUCUCAGCGUACCAACAGAUGAGCAUGUCUGGUCGCCUCGACUGCGAGUCUAUUUCAAAGCACUUAAUCAAUAUCAUGCUAGGCGGCGCGAGACACCUCUGGGCGUACUGAUGGUCACAAACUUGUCUGGCUUUCCAUCUUCUCUCGCCAUCAUACCUGUUCCCGACGGCGAUGUGAGGAAGCAUAGGUUCGACUUCUUCGUCAAUGAAGACCUUAAACGCCUGGGCUGCUCUGGCAGAGUGGGCUUGACAUUGGCUCAGCCAGCAGCGUCCACAGUAGCCAAGUUUCAUCAGCUAUACAGAACAAGCGACAAGAACGACAUCUACAAAUCGGUCCUGGAACUGAUCAAGCUUUGUCAAAGCGCGCUCAUGCUAUUCGACAAGCUCGAGAUUGACUAUUCUGAUGGCCUGUUGUGCGACGUCACCGAGCGAGCCAUCAAUGACUGGUGGGUCGAAAUUGGCAAUGACUAUUAUAAUGUCGAGCCGCAUGACGGCAUCUUGGGGCCGACAACGGUAGCUGGCUUGCUUGGUCUGCUUAUGGGUGCACGCAACCGACUGCAUGCCAUGAACGCACCUGUACCCAAAGACCCAUUCGAUGUCGAAGCAAUGAAACAAGGCAUAAGUGCCUUUCAAAAGCAGCAACGAAUACAACGCACACGUCGGCUGGACCGACGAACGCUGGAUCGACUGCAUAAAGCGACCCAAAAAGCUGCCGAAAAGGAGCGAUGGGCAGUACCGAAGGCAGUCAAAUCAACUGUCGCAGAGCUGAGCGGCAGAGGAGGUGAGAUGAUCGGCGAUAUCGUCGGAAGACGAGAUCGUGCCAGCAUCGCUGAGGUUGAGACUGUGGACAUAGACCGCUUUGUCCAGCUUGUUCAUGGUGAUCGAGCGAAAUGGCUAUGGCUGGGCAAGCCGAUGAAGAAGAAAAGCACUUUCGACGGCAUGCCUCCAGGGGAGCGCCGAGAACAGGAGCGAGAAUAUCACGACUUCGUCGCACCCACCCCAGUCGAAGAAAGAGAUGAGUUUGGGGACGACUACAUUGGCAGGCCGUCGCUUGACAUCAAUAGACCAUCGAUGUUUCACAGGGCUACAACGUUGAAGGACAAGCCAAAAGCAGGACUUGAGAAGGUCAGAGGAGCCGUAGGCUUCCGUGGUCACAAGCCGAAGCCGUCAGUCGAUGAACCUGUGCCAAGGUCACCUGUGGAACAGAGACCAAGUAGGCGACCGCUGAUCAACCGAUCCCAUACAAGCCCACUUGGCAGCCCCUCCAGUCUUGAACUAUCUACCGAACAACACAUGCAGCGACUGACACCUGCGGCCCAAGAGCAGAGCAAUCGGCUGAACGCAUCAGGGUUCUCAGGCUUGCAGAAGGAGAAUAGCAACGUCUCUAGCAAUCAGCAGCAGAGGUCGGGCAGUAAAGAGAGCACAGGUCCUUCCGUCGAGGCGUCAGUGGCAGGUUCCAUUUACAAAGGCAUCGAUCUGAACGACACACUACCUACCGGACCUGAAACUGAAGCUGGGCUAUCGACACUGCUAAAACGGACCGUCUCAUACUCGCAGUAUGUGGAGGCAGAGCUGCAGCCUGAUCAUAGUGGUCUUGCGCCACGACAUCUAAGCUUCAGCUUGGCCGAAGAGAGUCUACUGACUUGGGAGCCGCUCGGUCAGGACGAAUAUGAUCCGUUCUCAUCCACGCGGGCACAGUUGGCGGAGCAGCAGUAUAUAGCAGCGGAAGCGAGACAUCUCAGGCGCAUGAUCAACGCACUGCAGCUUCAGACUGCAACGUGGACUUCGAAGGAACUGCAUCAGCUUCGCGAAACACUCGAGAGACUAGACCAGGACCAAGACACGCUCGACGAGCUCCAUCAGCCCCACUUGAGGACCGUCAAAGAGCUUGAAACGCACGCAGGCGCCGUCCAACGUGAGGAAAAAGAAAGGCUGGAAGAAGGUGUCAAAGAGAUAGAGACUCUGGCUGCGAAGCUGGAGUAUGAGAUUGGUGGGCUGCGAGGCAAGGUAGAGGACGUUGAAGCAGGAGUUAGUGAUUUCGAGAAGAGCGUCGGCAGGGUAGAGGGAAGGGUGAUGGAGCUUGAGAAGGAGGCAGCAAAUGGCAGCAAAUGUGUGAUACAGUAG